AGUGUCAGUGACUCCUCUGACUCCUCCUCUCGUGCCGCUCUAGGCGUGAAGGCCUUCUCCUACAGCACCAGCGGGGCCAGCCUGGUCUUCAUGCCCUACACGCUGCUGACCAGCGGCCUGGCGGUCCAGAGCCUCGCCGUGAAGGCGGCCUUCUGCGGGGUCAUCGGCUUCUUUACCUUCCUCACGCCCACCCUCCUCUACUUCAUCACCAAGGGCUACGUGGUGCGCCUGUACCACCGCCCCGACACGGACACCUACACGGCCGUCACCUACAGCCUCUUCCUCACGGAGAAGAGGAGCGUGUUCCGCCAGCGCCAGGUGAGCGUCCCCAGCGUCAGCCACAUGUUCACCAGCUUCUACGCCGACGGCCGGGGGCUGCUGGUGAACCCCGAGCUGUUCCCGCUGCCGCAGGACUACAACCACCUGAUGGGCUACGACCGGCCCUUCAGCUUCGGCCCCCCCGGGGACAGCUGACCGCGGCCAGGGGGGAGGAGCUCCAAACUCAUUGUGUCCAUAUGUUGAUCGUUCAUGUUAAUAAAUUAUAACAUCAACCUGUGAA